AUGUCCUGGAGGCUAACAAGUCAGGGCAUUCCUACUGACAUUCACAAGGAUACAGUGGCUGCACCGAAAGAACAUAACCAGAAUACCAGAGGGAAGCUCAUACCGGUGAGGCAUUCGGUUAGAGAACGGAAACCCUCCGUUCAUUUGCUCCACUCUGUCGCUACUGCCAGAUCCUGCGCAUUGGUUCGCAGGUCACGAAAACUACUGCUGAAUAAGGUUAGCUGUGAGGCCAGCCAGAAUACAAAGAACACACGAGAGGAGCUCCCAAAAAAGGCACUUUCCAUAAAGACCAAGAAUGUCAGUCAGAUACAAGACACUGUUCGUUUUUCUGCUGUUUCGGUGGACUCGAUUUUUUCAUCGAAUGAGGACUUCAGGUGGUGGCCCACCUCCGCAUCACCUGAAACUUUAAAUGGAGAGUUGGCUAGGAGGAUCAGGCUAAUGUCCAACACUUGGGUAUCAGAUGUCCUGGAGGCUAACAAGUCAGGAGAGAUUAAAACCGAUCUUAAACCAGAACCUUGUGAGAAGCUCGAUGGUUCUGCUAAGAAGUCUGCUUCUGCCAUCAAAAUGCUUUUUGAGAAAAACUAUAAUAUGGAGAAGCUCUGUACUUGGUUUAUGCAGUCCACGGAAACUCAGUCCCUUGCGAUUGUAAAGAAGGCCACUGAAAGAAAUCCCAAGGACGUCUUUCACUACAACCUCAGCAGGCCCAAUUGCAAAGUGAAUGUUUGCCCAAGUCCACAAGCAGAGAGACUCAGGAAACAUGUCAAGAAAUUUGCUAAAGUCGUCCCAAAGAGUCCGUCAAUGCACAAGCAAGCACAAGAAAUGCUGUCCAAGUCAACAAGGUCACAAGCCAAGAGAAAACUUUUUAAUACGUCAUCAUUUAAACCAAGGCAUGAUGUUAGGCAGCAAAUGUCUAGAAGGACAUGGGUUGUCUACAGAACAGCUCUGCUUAGAGCGAGGCUAAAGUUUAAAACCAGGCCUAAGAUAACAUUAGGAGGCGAUGUGGCACACAAAUGUUUUCGUGACCAGAUGAGGACAAUGACUUCAGGUGCUAAGACUCUAGAAUUAUUGAAAGAAAUGCCUAACUUGGUAGACGAGACAUCCAGACCAGUCAUGAAAGUUCAAAAUGCAUUAAAGCUUCUAGUCAAAACUCCUCAGAAAAUGAUUGGGAUUGCCAAUAUUUCAAAGCAGAACAGAAUCAGCUCCAAAGCUUGGAGUCCAGAGUCCCUAAAGGAGUGCAGGGUGUUUCUGAAAAAGAUCAACUCCCCAAACACAAAGUCACUGACAGAGGAAUGUAACAUUUGCACAGUAAAGCUCUAUGAUGUCUCGGAGCAAGAGGAGAAGGAGGAUGUUACGUUGGGAGUGACACCUCCCAGUACAGGUAACUCUCCAGUACAGCUGCCCUCAUCCCCAAAAAGCCAGAGCAAGAAAGGUAGAAAAAGAGGCAAACGGAAAAGUGGCAGCACAAGUCCAUCUCCACCAACAAAAAUGAUCAGACAAUCAAGGAGCAGCAGGGGUGUCCUGGGAGCGAGGUGGUGUGACUUUGUGCUCGGGUCAUUGAAAUAACAUGGAACCAGUUUUGGGCAAGGCAUUUUCUUGAACUCUAACAUAAGGUGCCUUUCAUAAGGGGUCUGGCUAAGUAUCACAAGCAUUUUGACACGCAACCUCUGCAAGCGUCAUGUAGCAAAAACAAAAAAAUACAAACAACUUUAAGACACUUUUUGCACUAUUUAAACUUAAUUUGU